AUCAAUGGCAAGGUGAUAUCGGCAACUGUACCACCACUAACGAUAACCAACUGGCGAGCAGUGAUGAGCUACUGGGGACAAACUACAACUUUCCAUUCGGCAUAUUGUUGGUGGUGGCAGUCGGUGUGGCGUUGGGGGUCUUUCUCGGUGGCACCCUUCUGCUGAUUGCAAGUGUCUUCAUGAAAAGGAAAAAGAAUAAUGGAGCAUACCUCCAGCAGAAGCAACAACAACAACAACAACAGCUUCACCAUCAUCUCCAGCAACAACAACAACACUUUCAACUCUCCAGUCAAUUGUUAGCACUAAAAUCGAACGAAACAACAGAAUACCUACUGCGUUGCAACAACAACAGCAACAACAACAACAAUUUACUUGAUGCAUAUUCAGCGCGUAGCAACCUACUGAACAACAACACCAACCACUCACUGCCCCUCCUCCAACAAGACCACAUCUCGCCUCAUCAUUACCACCACCACCACUAUCAUCAAAAUUCCUCCCCUAUCACGUCGUACGAGAAGAAUUACACCACACCGAGUUACAGCCAGACAAUGACCACCACCAUGCCCAACUUCAGCAGCAACAACAACAUCAUUUUGUACGAUGACUCGUGUGUGGCCGGCCACUUGUUUCCAUCUUGCGACGACAAAAUGACAGGCAGCGGUCAGUCAGACGUCAAGUGUGCCCUCUACGAAAGUCCCCAGCUGAUAUGAAAUGAACGUAGCUAAGUAGGCUACUUAGUUCUGUGCGCUAUCUCUGUAGUUAUUUCAUGUGGUUUAUCGAUCACAUUAUUUUUAUAAUUUCACGAAUGCAUGUU